CUUGUGAUAGACCAUUGGGCAUAGCUCCACUAGAGUGGCCUAGGACAACAAGCAGACUGGUCACACAUGCAAACACUGUCAACUCCAUGGCUUUGUGCUCUUCUUAACAAUGCUGAAUAGCUUGUAUUUCACUCCACUGAAAGAUGCAGAAGACAAUAGCUGUACUACUCACAUUUGUAGCCGCAUUUCUGACAGCCAAGGCUGCUCAAGACUGCAAUAAGUCGUGCAACCUGGCUAUAGUGGAGAGUAUUCCGGAACACUUGUCAUAUCGUCCGAACUCUCAACUGCACCUCUCCACGUACAAGGCAUGGAUGCAGCUAUUGGGUGCUGCCACGGCAACGGUGGACAUUGCCUCCUACUAUUGGACCCUGAGGGGACAUGGCAACAUCACUGACGUCACUGACAAGCAGGGCUGGAUGGUGUACAAUGAGUUAGCAGGUCUCUCCAAGCGAGGGGUCAAGUUGAGAAUUGUUCAGAACUUCCCCAGUGAAGUGUACCCUGAUCUAGACACGCUGGACCUGACCAAGGAGAAACUAGCUGAUGUGCAGAACAUCAACUUCACUAAACUGGAAGGAGCUGGUAUCCUUCACACUAAACUGUGGGUAGCAGACAAGAAGCACUUCUAUGUGGGCAGCGCUAACAUGGACUGGCGCUCCCUCACACAGGUGAAGGAGCUUGGUCUACUGGGUAUUGAUUGCGAGUGUUUGGCCCAAGAUGCGCAGAAGUUGUUUAAUAUCUACUGGUACUUGUCGAGCCCUGGGGCAGUGAUCCCGCCCACCUGGUCAGCCGACUACACUGCAAUGUUCAAUAUGGAGGACCCAGCUAGCAUCUCUAUCAAUAACACUGCCCCUGUGGACAUCUACUGGGCAUCGUCUCCGCCCUCUUUCUGUGCUCACCAGCGGACACAGGACCUGGACGCUCUCCUCACAGUCAUCAACACGGCUGACAAGUUUGUGUACAUAGCAGUCAUGGACUAUUUCCCUGCUGUCAUAUACGGCCGGCCAAAAUAUUUCUGGCCCACAUUUGAUGAUGCUCUCCGAUCAGCUGCGUACGAUCGUGGAGUACACGUCAGGGUCAUGGGGUCGUAUUGGAACCACACCUCCAAGGAUAUGGUUCGGUUCCUCCAGAGUUUGUCUGCUAGCAACGGCACUGGACCUUAUCAGGGCAUCAUUGAGACAAGUCUGUUUAUAGUCCCGCCCCUUCCUGAUCGAAGCAUCCCCUUCACACGAGUCAACCACAAGUACAUGGUUUCCGACAAGGCUGCUUAUAUCAGUACGUCCAACUGGUCAGGUGACUACUUCCUGUACACGGGCGGAGUCAGCUGCAUAGUCAAUCAGACCACUGGUAACCAUGGCAAUGAUGCUAAUAUACAAGCCGACCUUGUCAAAACAUUUGAGAGAGAUUGGUACUCUGACUACAACAGAAUUCUGUUAUAAAUUGUUGACACAAGUAUAUAUAAUUAUAGUGAUUAAAAGUUCUUUUUUACACAAUAAAAUCAUUGACACACACACACAGAAUAUCAGUUAUAUAUAAACAUUCAUGAUAAAAUGC